AUGGAUCCCUCCCCGAUGUGGCAUGGGACACUGCCAGCCAACAGCGAUUUGUUUGUGCAGGAUGCUGAAGCUGAUUGGGAGUUCAAGUCGGAGGAGGCUCUUGAUUUUGUUCAUGGUCGUGCCAUGGGAGCGAGUAUCGCCGACUGGCCCGGCCUCUACAAAGACACCAUGAAGCACCUGAAGCCAGGAGGCUGGGCCGAGGUGCAAGAAUACGAUGCGUGGAUCUAUUCCGACACGGACCCCAAGAUGGAACAGGCUCCCAACAUCGACCAAUUGCAGCAGCUUUGCGAUGAGGCAUCCAAGAAGCAUGGCAAGCACUUCAACAACUCAGAGUUUCAGAAGCAGUGGAUGAUAGAUGCCGGGUUCACAAAUGUGCAGGAAGUUGUGUUCAAGACUCCCAUCGGCAGCUGGGCGAAGGACCCUGAGCUGAAGGAAGUCGGCAAGAAGGAACGCAAGAAUUUGAUCGCAUGCGUGGAGUCGUUCGCCUUGGCUCCUCUUACUAGGAUCAUGGGUUGGUCGGCCACGGAUGCACACUCGCUGACAGCGAAGAUCAGGAACGAGUUCCGUGAUCCGAACUUGCGGAUGACUUCUGUGUAUCGCUAUGUCUAUGGGCAGAAGCCGAGUGAAUAA